UUUCCUCGUUGUUUAACCGGUUGAUCGGUCGGUCAGUGCUUGCUUACUCACUAUGCAUUUUGUGAUGACGCCGGUUUGAUCCUUUUUACCCGCACGACAUUUCCUUCGGAAGACUAAAACAUCUUUUUUUGGGGCGGGAGUGAAGAUAUCAGAAUGACGGCACCUCUUCAGCAUCCAGGUUACGAUGAAGAGAAGUUGCUCCGUGUGGCAGAGAAGUUGCCCUGUAGAGAAGUCCAGGCCAGGACGCUUCUCUCGUUGAUGGGAGAGCCCCAUCAGAAUUGCUAUCCCUCUAUUUUCAUCUAUGGUCAUCGUGCCACAGGGAAGAGCUAUGUGGUACACACCAUGUUAAAGGAAUUGGAGCUGCCGCAUGCCAUAAUCAGUUGUGUGGAAUGUAUCUCGGUGGCACUGCUAUUUGAGCAAGUGCUGCUUUCCCUCUUUGGCACUGAGGCUGCAGGCCUACUUCCCCGCAGCCCCUCUCUGUCUGACUUUGUACGCAUCUACAGGCAACUGUGUUCCCGGUCCCCUGCCAAGCAGACACGAUACAUUGUAAUUGAAAAGGCUGAGCUUCUGAGAGAAAUGGAUUCCAACCUUCUCCCUGCCCUUCUGCGUCUUCAGGAAUUGGCUGAGGACAAUGUGUCGGUGAUCUUACUGAGUGAAAUCGUCUGGGACAAGUUCAGGCCCAACACUGGCUGUUUUGAGCCCCUUCUGAUCCACUUCCCUGACUACAGUAAAGAUGAGUUGCAGCAGAUCUUGUCUGAGGAUAGCCAUCCAUCGUACUCUGCAGAUCUCUACUCUGACUACAUCAACAUCCUACUGGGGGUCUUCUACUCUGUCUGCCGAGACCUCCGGGAGCUUCGCCACCUGGCUGCCCUUAACUUCUCAAAGUUCUGUGAGCCCUUGGAGGAAGGAAAAGCGAAGGAGAAGGAUGUGCACAAGCUGUGGAGAAACAUCGAGCCCCAUUUGAAAAAAGCCAUGCAGACAGUGUACCUUCGAGAGGUGUCCAGCGUUCAAUGGGAGCAGCUGCAGCAAAUGGAGGAGAAGGAAGCUGGAGCCAUCAGAGGGUUAUCUGCAUAUUCUCAUGUGGAGCUCCCGUAUUACUCCAAAUUCCUGUUGAUCGCAUCUUACCUGGCAUCCUACAACCCUGCCCGCACAGACAGACGCUUCUUUCUCAAGCACCACGGUAAAAUAAAGAAAACCAGCUUCUUGAAGAAACAUGAAAAGACCAGUAACCACCUGCUGGGACCCAAACCCUUCCCCUUGGACCGUCUGCUGGCUAUUUUCUACUGUGUGGUGGACAGUAGGGUGGCCCCCACUGCCAGCAUCUUCUCCCAGAUCUCCUCCCUGGUGACUCUCCAGUUCUUGACUCGAGUCGGUCAUGAUGACCAGCUGGAUUCCCCCAAAUACAAAUGUACUGUCACUCUGGACUUCAUCCAGGCCAUAUCCAGAACUGUAAAAUUUGACGUUGUGAAGUACCUGUAUGACUUCCUAUAAAGACUGCAGAGGACAAAGGAGAAAUGACACAAAAAGAGCAAAGCCAGAAGCUCAUCCUAUGGACUGUUGUACAGCCGGCUGUAAUGCUGAUGGAUUCCAUUCGUGUUGCUCCCCCCUUGUGGCCGACCAGUGACACGGUUUUUCCUGAGAUGACUCGUCACCUCAAAAUGUAGGAUUUUAUAUGGAAGGAUCUUUUUCAUGAAAAACUGAAUAGCGUGCUGCAGAGGUCCAUUUAUAUUAAAACUGUGAUUACCAUCCAUGUUAAAGUUUAGCUCCUGUAACAAUAAACUGCAUAUUGGCAGUAUAAGAUAACAUGGUUUUAGGAUUAUUGUAAGGCUUUGCUAUGGUUGCUUCAUAUCCAUUGACAAUGGUUAAACCCUAAUGUAUCUGGUGGGUCUCAUUUCCAGUCUUAAUAUGUCUCCAGAUAUGAAGACAGUCAGGAUACCGUUAAUGUAUUGGCUGCAUUGGUCUGGUGUUGAUGCAUUUUACAAUUGUCUCUG